CCCCUACCUCUAGGCCCUGCCAGCUCUCUCCCUGGGCCCUGUGGGUUUUCUAGAUGGAACAAGGAUAACCCUUAAUGCUGGAAUAUUCAUAUUUCAAGUAGAUGUUGUUAGAAGUAUUGCCACACUCUUCUCACUUCUUCAACCUGAGGCCCCAAAGUAACUUGAACUUUUUAUGAUGACUUGGGCUGAAGAAUGAAGGUGUCUCUAGAUGAUCAAACUAGAGAUAAAAGAGCUCAAGAUGGAGCCAGAACUCCUACAUUCUAGAAUAGCUAAGUCCAGGGCCUGGCCUGCUCAGCCUCCUUAAUGCCGCUCUGAUGCCCUCAGGAGCCCCCGAGGUGGGAGGGUGGCCCUCCCUGCAGGGCUACACACAGUACAGGGGACCUGUGGCUGGCUGUGGCAUGCUCAUAAUAGAAGCAGUAAUCACUGUUCCCACCUUUAGAAUGUUUGCUCUGUGUCAGGCACUUCCCUAAGUGACUUGCUUACAUCAUCUCACUUAAUGCUUGCACCGGCCCUACGAGCAGUCACUUUUAUGCUGCCCACUUUACAGAUGAGAACACUGAGGCUGAGAGAGGCUAUAUAACUUGCCCAGGGUCACGUGCUAAAGAAGCAGGGGAACUGGAGUGGGGUUGGGGCACACGUCUGCAGACUGGUCAGCCUGCUCUGCUGCCUCCUAACUCCUUUGCCCCUUCCAGCUGCUGCCACCAUCCCUGUCUCACCCUUCCUUCACCUUCUCUGUCCUAUCUCUCCCUCAUCCCACAGGGACAGAUGGCAACACUGGGGGAAUGAACUUGAUUUUACAUGUGGUACCUGUCAUGGGAGGGUUGACAGGAGCUGCCAGACUGUCCGGGACCUGAGGCUGUAGACAGACAUUCAUAGGCCCACUUUCCCUAAAGGAAGCCACAUAGCCUGGGCCAGUCCUGACCUGCACCAUGCCAUUCACAACCAUGCAGAUUGAUGCACAUACAACCAUGGAAACUCUCAUGGUGCUGUAUCAAGGAACUGCUGUGGAAACAGAAGGAAGGGAGGAAGGAAACAGGAAGCUUUUGAGAGAACCAGUGAGCAGUGCAGUACAGUGGUCACUGCCCAAGCUUUGAGCUCAGACAGACCUGUGUUUGAAUCCUGGCGCUGUCUCUUACUAGCUAUGUGACCUUGGGCAACUUAUCUCACCUGUAUGUAAAAUCAGCUGAUGAUUCCUACCUCAGAGUUGUUAGAAGAUAACAUAAAACCCAGACUACCUCCCCUUUUCUUUUUUUCAGCAGGUACUGAAAAGCCACAGAACCACUAGCUGAAUAUCUUUUCCCCUUAUUUAGUCUGAAAUUAUGAGACAUUGAUGGUUCAGUGGUAGAAUUCUUGCCUUCCAUGCAGGAGACAUGGGUCCAAUUCCUGGCCAGUACACUUCGAGAGCAGCCACCACCCUGUGUCAUUAAAGGCUUGCAUAUUGCUAUGAGGCUGAACAGGUCUCAGCAGAGCUUCCAGACUAAGAUGGACUAGGAAGAAAGGCCUGGCAAUCUGCUUCUAAAAAUCAGCCAGUGAAAACCUUAUGGCUCACAAUGGAACAUUGUCCAGUCCUCAGCCAGUCAUGGGAAUGGUGCAGGACCGGGCAGUGUUCAUUCUGUUGUGUAUGGGGUUGCCGUGAGUCAGGGCUGACUUAAAGGCAGCUGACAACAAGAAGAAAUCUGAAAUUAGAGAUUCUUUUGGUUAAAAUACAUUAAAAAACACCUUUCAAAUGCAGAUACAGCUAAAUUAUCGAGAAAGCUCUCCUUCGCACAGCAGUAAAUAUCGCUUCCAUCAGAUUGCUCUCCUAAGCUACCUUAGCUGUUUUCCUCUUUCUGCCCAUUCUGCUGGAAUCCACUGUUCAAGACCCAGUAAAGCAGCACAGGGAUCAGAGAAAUCGUUUCACCGGAUGCUUCCGGACUGCCCCAGAGAGCUGAUUAUAACCAUGGACUCACCUCUGAGCCUGAGUGCGAAUUUCCAUGCUCAGGAAUUGCAUUUAUCAGUGAGUCCCAACAUGAAGGGACUGGGCAUCUGACUUACGGUGGCCAAAUGCACACUUGCAGAUGAUUGUCCGGGGCUGUGUUUUGUGCCAGAAAAAAUUGCAUGUGCUAAAAGUUCCUUAUAUUUUUAGCCUUUAAAUGUCUUAUCUUGAAAAAAUAUGUAACCACCCCCCAAAAAAUCAAACCCAUUGCUGUCGAGUCAGUUCGGACUCAUGGCAACUCCAUGUGUUAGAGAGUACAACAGCUCCAUAGGGUUUUCUUGGCUCUAAUCUUUAUGGAAGCAGGUCACCAGGCCUUUCUUCUGCAACUCGGCUGGGUGGGUUCAAACCACCAGCCUUUACGUUAGUAGUCUAGUGUAAACUAUUUGCACCACCCAGAGACCCAUCAAAAACCCAUUGUUUCUAAAUCUCGGGGCCAACCUUGUUCACAUUUCUUGCUUGCCCCAUGAGUGAGAAUACCCAGCUUUAGAGAAAGCCCCUCUUGUUUUUGAAACUCCUAGUUUGAGAAUAGAAUUACUGAUCUCUUGACUAUCUAUCAGAGCUGGCAAGAGAUGGGCGAUCUAGAUUGCCCCCCACAUUUUCAGAGAAGGACAGCUGGCCCCAGAGGGGAAGGACUGACCCAGGUCCUUCUGCAAGAGCAGCAGGACUGCCCGAGAGCCAGGUCUUCCCCACCCACCCACUCCCUUCCCCACUCAGCACAAGGGCCGGUCCAGGGAACAUCUCCUGACGAGAUCCCUGCGAAGGUAGGCAGGCAGCUCUCCUCCUCCCGUGUCGCUUCUCUCUGGUCAUCUUUCUUCCUUCUCCUGCCUGUCAUGUGGAUUUUCUCUUCUCUGAGGUCUCUCUUUUUUCCUCUCUACAGUCCUGAGCCAAGAAGAGCCCUCAAGGUAGGGAAACGAGCUGAAUGGGAAGGGGGCUUUACCAGGUGCCACCCCCACUCACACCUGCUGCUGCUCCAAGUGCUGCUCACACUUGCCCUCCCUGUCUGCAUGGUCCGUGUCUUCCCUGGGGCUACAGACUGGGGUGCAGUACGCCACAAGUCCAAAGCCUUGGAAAUGCCAGUGAGAAACUGCUGGGCCUGGGAUGAGGGAGGGCUGGUAAUAAGGAGGCAGAGCCAAGUAGCGUUGUGGACAGACUCUAGUAUGAGAGUCAGAUAAGCUUUCACUCAGCAGUAUUUCUUGAGCACCUACUAUUGGCUAGGAGCCGUGGUGAUUCAGUGGUUAAGAGCUCAGCUGCUAACCGAAAGGUCAGCAGCUCCGAUCCACCAGCCACUCCUAGGAAACCCUAUAGGGCAGCUCUGGUCUGUCCGAUAGGGUUGCUAUGAGUCAGCAUCAACUCAACAGCAACGGUUACUAUGAGCUAAACACAUCUGAGUUUGGCUUCUGACUCUCUUUUGCACGAGCUGUGUGACUGAGGGGAAGUUACCUUCUCUGUGCUUCAUUUGUAAAAUGGAAAUUUUAAUACUUUGAUACAGUCAUGCAUCACAUAAUGUCCCUUCAGGGAACAUCCAACUGCAUAUGUGUCUGUGGUCCCAUAAGGUUAUAAUAAAAAACAAAAAAACAAACAAAAAAAAAACCCAUUGCUGAUGAGUUGAUGCUGACUCAUAGUGACCCUGUAACCCUAUAGGACAGAGAAGAACUGCCCUGUAGGGUUUCCAAGAAGCAGCUGGUGGAUUCGAACUGCCAACCUUUUGAUUAGCAGCCAAACACUUUAACCACUGUGCCACCAAGGUUCCAAGAUUAUAAUAGAGUUCAGAAAUCCUGAUCGGAGAACUGGAUGCAGUGGAUUUAGGCAUGUUGCACUGGACUAUCACAAAGACCCUCAAAAACAAAAAAUUCUCCAAGCUGUUAAAGGAUUGGCUCCACUGAAAGCUACGAAGCUAAUGAAAAUGUGAGAGGAACCUAUAUCAGAUAAGGAGGAAUUGCUAAUGACAUGGCUUGAGUAGCAGACACAAAAGCGAAUCCCUCUCAGCAUGGUGACUACCAAUGCUAAGGCGCAAAGCUUGUUGGAGAUGCCUAAAGAAGAAGCAGGAUCAGACUAAGAUAACAAGUUUAGUGCUAGCUCUGAGUGGUUCAAUGUGAAGGUGAGUGGUGAGUCAGCAAGUGUUGAUGCAAAGGCAACGGAAGAAUUGGUUGAAACCUUAGAUUAAUUAUAAAAAAAAAUUAUAGAAGGAAGUUAUUUGCCUCAGCAAAUUUUUAAUGUGGAUGAAACAUCCUUAUUCUGGAAGCAAAUGCCUAAAAGGACCUUCAUCCACAGCAAGGUGUUUGCACAGCAUCCAAAUUGUGUAACAUCCUGUUUCACAGAACAUACUGUGGACAUUAAGUACGGCUUGACUGUACUUAGCUCCCAGUAUUGUGGUGAAGAUUAAACAAAAUAACAUGUGAGGGAAAUGAGCCUGGCACUCAGGCAGCAAUAGAUCCUUUCCACCCUUGCCUGGGAACUUGUCGCAUUCCCCCAGGUGUCUGGGAAGAGUCCACACUAACCACAGUUGAAUCUCUCAGCAGGCGGGGGAGCACGGUGGGUGAGAGUUGCUCUCAAGGUGUGAGAAUUCAGUGAGGAAACCAGCACUUGCCACAUGCCAGGCACUGUUCUGAGACGUUUGCACGUUUUAAUUUACCUAAUCCUUCCAACAGCCCCUUCGGUUAGUUAUCACCCUCAUUUCCCAGAUGAGGGAACGAGGCCCAGAAAGGUUAAAUAACCUGUCCGGGGUCUGGAGUGGUAAGGCAGUGUGGGCCCACGGUCCAUGCUCUGCCCACCAGGCCGUACCAGCACAUGGGCAGCACCAGCAUCUCUGAUGGCGUUGUUGUUCUGUCAAGUAGGAGAGAUCAAACAAGCCUGCAAGCAUUCAGCCAGAAGGGUACGAAGAACAGCCCUGAAGGGUAGGGACUACUAGAGUGUUGGCAUCCAAGUGGAUUCCAGCUGGGAGGGCGCUGAGAGGGUACGUAGGCAGUAAGUGCAGUGGUUAGAACUCGGCUUAGGAUGCAGACAGACCUGGGCUCGAGUCACAGCGCUGCCUUGUAUAAGCUGUGUGACCUUGGGCCAGGUACUGAUUCUUUCAGCGCCUCAGAGACCUUAUCUGUGUGAGGGGAUAUGAAAGGACAUUCCUUCUAGAGUUGCUGGAAAGAUUAAAUGAGACAUUGUGCUCUUUGUGGUGUGAGGUGCGCAUUAUGGGCUUGAAGGUUAUUGGUGGUGGUGCAGGGAGUUUGCACAGUCUCUGCGUGCGUAAGUUUUUGAAAUGUCCAGAUGCUAAAAUGUGAGGCUGUCGUGGGAGUGGGGGCGUGGUCCUGGAAAUACUGAUGCUCACAGGGGGUUGGUCCUCGGACUGCAAAUAUGAGGAUUCUUACCAAUCCCACCAUCCCCUUCCACAUGAAGAUAGUGAAAUGGGGGCAGUAGCAGGGAAGCAGGCAGAGACUGGCACUCACCACAGCAUUUCUUAGAGGCCAGAACAUGGGUUUUGAUGCCUCAUACAAGGGCAUGUUUGGAGAGGAGGGGGAGGAAGACACAUCUGGGACCUCCCUGGGUUCUGGCCAGGAAGCUGAAAUGGGGCCAGCAGAGAGCAGGCUCAGCUUGAGGACAGCCUUCCAGCCUAGGCAUAGUCAGGGAGGCAAAAGCAGGGUGGGGUCAGAGUGGGGGGUCCCACAGAGAGCACCAGUGGAAUGGUGAGAGGCCACAUGAUGAAGUCAGCUCGGGAUGUGUAUUUCCAGCUGCAGGAGCCCUGGGUCCUAGGCCAUCCAGAGUGUUAGCUGUCUAGGUGGAGCACAGCAGACCCUGGGCUGCGAGGGCCCUUGGAGAUCAUCUCGACCAGAGUGAAGACCCACUCGGAGCUGUGCCCACGUGACCUGCUAAUGAAGUGCCACAGGCUUAUGUCAUGUUCUUUAUUUCCAGAUAAAUCACAGCCUGUCCAAGGCCACCCCUGCAAUGGCAUCUCUCACUCUCACCUACAGCCCAGUAUGUUUUCUUGAGUGCAAGAGAAAGGAAUUGAGUUUCAACUAGUAAAUACCCUGGAAUUGCUCAUUAUAGCCGUGAGCAUAUGUUGCAUGUUUGAAUGGCUUGGUAAUGUCCACCCAAGCAGAAUAAAGGGAUGACAUGGAAGCCUACCGGACCCAGAACCGCUUCCUCAACUCUGAGAUCCAUCAGGUCACAAAGAUCUGGAGAAAGGUGGCUGAGAAGGAGAAGGCCCUCCUGAUGAAGUGCGCCUACCUCCAAGCGAAGAACUGCCAGGUGGAAAGCAAGUACCUGGCAGGGCUGCGGAGGCUGCAGGAGAUCAUGGGGGAUGAGGCCAGCAAGUGCUCGGAGCUGUUGAAGCAGCUUAUCCAGGAAGCACUGCAGUGGGAGGCCGAUGAGGCUGUGGCUGACGGCGUGCGGCUGAGCCCCAUCAGCGAGUAUGACGAGUAUGGCUUCCUGACGGUGCCUGACUACGAGGUAGAAGACCUGAAGCUACUGGCCAAGAUCCAGGUGCUAGAGGUCCGUUCCCACCACCUGCUGGCCCAUGAGGAGCAGCCACUGCGAGAGCGCUGGGCUGCCCUGGGGGAGCUUGUGCCCUCAGCUGAGCUUAAGCAGCUGCUGCGAGCAGGCAUUCCCCAAGAGCACCGGCCACGUGUCUGGAGGUGGCUUGUCCACCUCCGUGUGCAGCACCUGCAGGUCCCUGGCCACUAUCAGAAGCUGCUGAGCCGAGGCCAGACCUGUGAGCACCCCGCUGCCCGUCAGAUCGAGCUGGACCUGAACCGUACCUUCCCCAACAACAAGCACUUCACCUGUCCCACCUCCAGCUUCCCCGACAAGCUCCGCCGGGUACUGCUGGCCUUCUCCUGGCAGAAUCCCACCAUCGGCUACUGCCAGGGCCUGAACAGGCUGGCAGCCAUUGCUCUGCUGAUCCUGGACGAGGAGGAGAGUGCCUUCUGGUGCCUGGUGGCCAUCGUAGAGACCAUCCUGCCAGCUGACUACUAUAGCAAGACGCUGACGGCGUCCCAGGUAGACCAGAGGGUGCUCCAGGACCUCCUCUCAGAGAAGCUGCCCAGGCUGAUGGCUCACCUGGGGCAGCACCACGUGGACCUCUCCCUCAUCACCUUCAACUGGUUCCUCGUGGUAUUUGCAGACAGUCUCAUCAGUGACAUCCUCCUCCGGGUCUGGGAUGCCUUCCUGUAUGAGGGGACCAAGGUGGUGUUCCGCUAUGCUUUGGCCAUUUUCAAGUACAACGAGGAGGAGAUCCUGAGGCUGCAGGACGGCCUAGAGAUCUACCAGUACCUGCGCUUCUUCACCAAGACCAUCUGCAACAGCCGGAAGCUGAUGAGCAUCGCCUUCAACGACAUGAACCCUUUUCCCAUGAAGCAGCUGCGGCAGCUGCGGACGGCCCACCGGGAGCGGCUGGAGGCUGAGCUGCGGCAGCUGGAACAGCUCAAGGCCAAGUACUUGGAGACCCAGGCCUUCCGGGGCCGAGCAGUGCCUGAGGGCUGCCCCAGCGAGGACGAGGAUGAGGGCGAGGGUGAGGCAGAGGCCUGACCUGGCCACCUGCCCUCCCCAGAGCGCUUUCUCACAUUUGGCUGGCAGGCCCACUGAGGACGGGCAUGGACCAGUGGCCCAGGCCAGGAGCCUCCUCGCCUGUCACCUGGGCCUCAGGC